AUAAGCCAUUACCAGAAACUGAUAGGUCAGACCGAAGUAUUGGCGUCACAUGGGGGCGCUGUAAUAUAGCCAUGCUCGCUCCGGGGCUGGGAGGAGGCCCGGACAUUGAUCAUCACGUGACCGUGCAGGAGGUAGAAGGUCUGCUAUCUGAUUAGACUUUUCGUCAGUCUGCAUUAGACACGUGUUUGAAAGUAUCCUCUCUGUGUCUGCCUGUCCAUUUAAUUUACCAUAUAGCUAUACGAAAUGCUUCGUUUGCCAACAAUUUUGCACCAAGUGAGGCCGGUGUCUUGGGCAUUAGCACCUCAUCUAGUCCGUGGGUAUGCUAAAGAUGUCAAAUUUGGGGCGGAUGCUAGAGCACUUAUGCUGCAAGGUGUUGACCUUCUGGCAGAUGCAGUGGCUGUUACCAUGGGACCAAAGGGCAGAACUGUCAUCAUUGAACAAAGCUGGGGAAGCCCAAAAGUAACAAAGGAUGGUGUCACAGUAGCAAAAGCAAUUGAUCUAAAAGACAAAUAUAAAAACAUUGGUGCCAGGCUAGUUCAAGAUGUAGCAAAUAACACAAAUGAAGAGGCAGGAGAUGGAACUACAACAGCAACAGUCCUUGCAAGAUCAAUUGCAAAGGAAGGCUUUGAAAAGAUCAGCAAAGGUGCAAAUCCAGUAGAAAUAAGAAGAGGUGUCAUGUUGGCAGCUGAUGCAGUAAUUGCAGAGUUGAAGAAACAAUCCAAGCCUGUUACAACACCUGAAGAAAUUGCUCAGGUUGCUACCAUCUCUGCAAAUGGUGAUCAGGAAAUUGGCAAGAUAAUUUCCGAUGCCAUGAAAAAAGUUGGUCGUAAAGGAGUAAUAACAGUCAAGGAUGGUAAAACUCUUCAUGAUGAGUUGGAGAUAAUUGAAGGGAUGAAAUUUGACAGAGGAUACAUAUCACCGUACUUCAUUAAUACUACUAAAGGCCAGAAAUGUGAAUUUCAAGAUGCAUAUCUCUUGCUCAGUGAAAAGAAGAUUUCCAGUAUUCAGUCUAUUGUGCCUGCUCUAGAACUUGCCAAUGCUCAUCGUAAACCCUUGGUUAUAAUUGCUGAAGAUGUUGAUGGAGAGGCUUUAAGUACACUGGUUUUAAACAGGUUAAAAGUUGGUCUUCAAGUUGUUGCUGUGAAAGCUCCAGGUUUUGGAGAUAACCGAAAGAACCAGCUGAAGGAUUUGGCCAUUGCAUCUGGUGGAGUUGUUUUUGGAGAAGAAGGAUUAACGCUAAAUAUUGAAGACAUUCAAGCUCACGACUUUGGUAAAGUGGGAGAAGUUAUUGUAACUAAAGAUGAUACUAUGCUAUUGAAAGGCAAGGGUGACAAAGCACAGAUUGAAAAACGUAUUCAAGAAAUUCUUGAGCAGUUGGAAUCCACAAACAGUGAAUAUGAAAAGGAAAAAUUUAAUGAGAGACUAGCUAAGCUUUCUGAUGGUGUUGCUGUCAUCAAGGUUGGCGGCACUAGUGAUGUUGAAGUAAAUGAAAAGAAAGACCGUGUAACGGACGCAUUGAAUGCAACACGAGCAGCUGUAGAAGAAGGAAUUGUUCUUGGUGGUGGAUGUGCAUUACUUAGAUGUAUUCCAGCUUUGGAUUCUCUUUCUCCAGCCAAUGAUGAUCAGAAAAUAGGAAUUGAAAUUGUGAGACGAACUCUUAAGAUCCCUGCAAUGACCAUAGCCAAUAAUGCAGGCGUAGAAGGGUCACUGAUUGUAGAAAAAAUCUUACAGAGCCCAUCAGAAAUUGGAUAUGAUGCAAUGCAAUCUGAAUUUGUAAAUAUGGUGGAGAAAGGCAUUAUUGACCCCACAAAGGUUGUACGAACCGCUUUAAUGGAUGCAGCUGGUGUGGCAUCACUCUUAACAACUGCUGAAGCAGUUGUGACAGAAAUUCCUAAGGAAGAGAAGGAUCCUGGAAUGGGAGGCAUGGGUGGAAUGGGAGGCAUGGGUGGUGGCAUGGGAGGAGGAAUGUUCUAAAGAACCUUCUGAGCAAAGAACUCUUCUACUGCCAUGUCUUUAUCAUGAUUGAGAGCACUAAAGUGUUCUGAAUAGAAGAUGUGAAGAUUAUGAGCUUGGAGGCUCAUGUUUGCAUACCGUGGAAAGUCAGUUGGGAUAACGCACUUGUUUACUGCUGUCAUAAAACAUGCUUUCACAUAAUUUAUGUAUUUUUGGAAUACCUUUGUACAUUCCUUAUUGGGUGCCUGUACCAACGUCUGUCAAUCUACUAAAUUACAAUUCCUUUUUUUUUUUUUCCUUGUUUUAAAGAUUAAAGGUCCUAAUAGUUUUGUUUUCAAUUAAUUUCCAGGCGACUACUGUCCAACUAUCCGUAUAAAUAUGCUGUUUGGCAACUGAAGUAACUGGUCAUGUGUGUGUAUAUACAAGUCUACACUUAAGUAGUGAUGCGUUCCAUUGCAUUAUGUUUUUAGGGAUUAUAAAAACAAUUACUGGAGAUAAACCUUGUAAACAUUACAAAUAAAAGUAAUACAUGCUAUGGUC